UCUAGUGAAAAAUUCACCAAUCAGGUCCUCCAUUUCCCUUGGAUGGGAUCGAAAGUGGGUAAAUCGCUUUCGCAAACCCGUGUAUUAAAAUAAUAAGCCUUUUAAACGAUUACAAUUAUUCGUUGAGUUUGUUUAAUUGUUAUCAUACCUAUAUUCCCGCCAAAUUCUUUUUAUUUGCUUUCCCUUAUUUAUUGUUUAACAUUAAACUUCUGCAAAUUCGUUUUUAUGUUUUAGUUUGCUUAAGUUCAUUUUAAAAUGCCGUCGAGGGACUACACUGAAGAUAAAACGAAAAUACAGUCUUUUCUAGCAAGUUUCGCAUCUUAUGAUGAUAAAGGCAACAAAAGCCUGAAGUAUGGGUUACAACUAACGCAGCUUGCUCAUCGUGAUCAGGUUGUGAUUACUGUUGAUCUUGAUGAUGUUGAAGAGAUGUUUCUUGAUUUAGCAGAUGCUAUUUUAAAUAAUGGCCGACGUUACACUGCAUUAUUUGCUGAUGUUAUCCAAGAAAUGCUUCCUAAUUACAAGAUUAGGGAGGUUCCUGCUAAGGAUGUAUUGGAUGUUUAUAUAAAACAGAGGUUAAAGCUUGAGAGUAGAUUUCAUGAAGAAGGAGAAUAUCGUGACCCUAAGAAUAGAUAUCCCCCUGAACUCUUGAGACGAUUUGAGGUUUGUUUCAAGAACAAAAGCGCCAUCGAAAAUCUUUCUGUGCGAGAUGUUAAGGCUGAACAUAUUGGAAAACUUAUAACUGUUAGAGGAAUUGUUACUAGAUGCACUGAAGUUAAACCAAUGAUCGUUGUAUCCACUUACACUUGUGAUCAGUGCGGUUCUGAAACAAUCAAAGCGGUUAAUUCUCUGAAUUUCAUGCCUUUAAUUAACUGUGAAAGUGAAGAAUGUCGAGUCAAUAAAUCUGGUGGAAGACUUUAUUUGCAAACUAGAGGCUCAAAGUUCAUCAAGUUUCAAGAAAUUAAAAUUCAAGAGCUGAGUGAACAAGUUCCUGAAGGUAAUAUACCUCGUACAAUGACUGUGCAUGCAAAAGGAGAGAUGACUCGCUUAGUUCUCCCUGGUGAUCACUGCGGCGUUACUGGAAUUUUCUUGCCCAUUGUCCGUACUGGUUUCAGGCAGAUGGCUGCUGGUUUGAUGACAGAUACAUUCCUAGAAGCACAUAGAAUUGUAAAAAUGAAUAAAACAGAAGAUGAUGAAUUAAAUGAGACUGAUAUGACUCAGGCUGAAGCAGAAGAAAUCAGAAACAAGUUCAACUAUGACAUGAUGGCAAGUAGCAUUGCCCCUGAGAUCUUUGGUCAUCAUGAUGUCAAAAAAGCCUUGCUCUUGCUGCUUGUAGGUGGUGUCGAUAGAAAUCCCAGUGGGAUGAAAAUUAGAGGUAACAUCAAUAUAUGUUUAAUGGGAGAUCCUGGUGUUGCAAAAUCCCAGCUUCUGUCCUACAUAGAUCGCUUAGCUCCAAGAAGUCAAUAUACUACUGGUCGUGGUUCUUCUGGGGUUGGUUUAACUGCUUCGGUUAUGAAAGAUCCUGUUACUGGUGAGAUGGCUCUUGAAGGUGGAGCUUUGGUCCUUGCUGACAAAGGAAUAUGUUGCAUUGAUGAAUUUGACAAAAUGAUGGACUCUGAUCGAACUGCUAUCCAUGAAGUUAUGGAACAGCAAACAAUUUCCAUUGCUAAGGCUGGAAUCUUAACUACUUUGAAUGCAAGAGUGUCCAUUUUAGCAGCUGCAAAUCCUGCUUAUGGUCGUUACAAUCCUAAAAGAUCUAUUGAACAAAAUAUUCAGUUGCCUGCUGCAUUGUUGUCACGUUUUGAUCUGCUGUGGCUUAUACAGGAUAAGCCUGACAAAGAAAAUGAUCGAAGACUGGCUGACCAUAUCACUCAAGUCCAUAUGCAUUGUCGAGAACCUCAAGCUAAUUUUGAUCCCAUGCCAAUGAACUUACUAAGAAAGUAUGCUCAGUAUUGUCGAAGGAUUAAUCCCGUUGUUCACGAAGAGCUGACUGAUUACAUUGUUAGUGCAUAUGUUGAAAUUAGAAAAGAAGCACGAAACAGCAAGGAUAUGACUUUUACAUCAGCAAGAAACUUAUUGGGAAUACUGCGUUUAGCUACAGCUUUGGCUCGGCUAAACUUGCGUGAGAGUGUUGUAAAACAAGAUGUUGAUGAAGCCAUCCGAUUGUUAGAAAUGUCAAAAUCAUCUUUAAAUCAAAGUCAGCAACCAGGUGGAAGGGCCCAAACUGCAACAGAUCAAAUUUUCAACAUCAUCCGUGACAUAAUGGCAGAAACUGAAUGUAGAACUGUUAAAAUGGCUGAUGCACAGGAAAGAUGCCUGGCUAAGGGUUUCAAUCCUGGACAGUUUGAAGAAGCAAUUGAAGAAUACGAAGAGUUAGAUAUCUGGCAAGUGAAUCAAUCCCGCACCAAGAUAACAUUCAUCUAAAGAUAAAAGACUCUCCAUUUUUAUACUUGUUUCUAUGUUUGUCAUGUUUACUUUUUGUCAAAUAAACAUAUUUUUACUGUA